AUGAAGGACUCUCCUGGCAAUACCGCCCCGAACAGAAACUCGACCCUCACAUUCCGCGAAGUUACCAAGGACAACUGGCGCGCGGUAACAAAACUCAGUCUAAAAGACGGUCAAGUCGGCAACCUCGCCUCCAACCUGUUCUCUCUCUGCCAAGCACAUUACUCCGAAGACGCAUGGGUGCGAGCCAUCUACGCGGACGAGACGCUCGUUGGCUUUCUCAUGAUGGGAAUAUGGGACCCUGAGGAGUCGUACACCAUCUGGCGAUUCAUGAUCGAUGCCCGGUAUCAGAAUUUGGGAUAUGGUCGACGAGGCGUGGAAUUUGCGAUUGCGCACGUACGACAGCAUAACCCUCGAGCAAAGCAGCUGAAGCUGUAUACAACGCCGCCUGAAGGGAAGAAGAGUCAAGAUCCGAUCGAGAAUGUGAAACCUGAGGAUUCGCCAUACAAAUUUUAUCAGAAACUUGGAUUCAGGGAGAUUGCUCCGCCAGAUGAAGAUGGAGAGACCCUGAUGGCGUUGGAGUUAUAG